AUGGCCAGCCUGGAUAUCCAGCUGCAGCGCGUGGAAGGCAACAUGUUGGAGGCCCUGGCCUUCGAGGUCGUCCGUUCCGGGCCUGGGGAGGUGACGGUGUUCUUCAUGCCAGGGCGUAGGGGACAGCACCAAAUCCUCGUGAUGCGAUCGGGGGAGCAUUUUCAGGCAUCGCCACUAAACUUCCAGGUGUCGCCAGCAAUGGGGCCACCAAUGGGCACAGAGUGGCAGCUCACAGCAAUUGGUGCAACGGCCGCCUCGACCUUUGAGGUCUUCAACUCACCCACCUUUGCCGGGGAGCCAGCUGGCCUGCAGAUUACCGCCCGGGAUCUCUGGGGCGAUGUGCUGACGCAAGAGAAUCACAGCUUCAUCGUGAGCCUUUGGCCUGACAGCCCCGACGAUGGAGGCUCUGAUUGCCCAAGCCUUUCGCGGUGCAUGGCUGUGGCUAUCCGGGAGGAGAUGUGCGAUCGGCUGCCGCUAUGCCAUUUCGAGCCUGUUCUGCGCCAAUGCCGCCCUGACUGCAACAUCUCGGAUGCCUUUGUGCCUUAUCGGCUGGUCGUGCCACAUGCGGUGGUAACUCAGACGUCAGUUCAGGCGGAGGUCUAUGAGUUCUCUUUGCUGACCAAUGUGGCUGGUACCUACAACGGUGCGGUCAGCGUCUUGCGGCCGGGCGCCUUCUAUGCCUACUGGUACAACAACCCACAGCGCUCCAAGCGCAUCUUCGCUGAACUGAUUCGAGGACCCCUGGACUUGGAUUGGGGCAUCUUCGGCCCUGGCGGCACACUGCCCGGGAACAAGUAUUUUCUGCAAAUCAUCGGCUGGCUCCGAGUCCCUGCCACAGGGAGGUAUACAUUCCAACUGACCUCUGACACCGGUGGUCGGCUGAUACUGAAUGGCACCGAGAUCACAGCAACCGAUGCAGGCGAUGCUAGCGAGGCGUCGGGUGUCUCCAGUGCUCGCAGCCUUGUCACGAUGGAAGUGGAUCUUGAGAGCGGCUUUGUCCCGAUUGAGAUCUUGUAUGACCACUGGAUGGGGGAAACGACCCGCAAUGUGGGGGCCUUCCUGAAGCUCAGCUUCGGAAGCAUAACAGUGCCCUUACGGAUCCUACAGGCGGAUGUCAUGUACUACGAAGAGGUCCUGCAGCAGGCGAACAAUCCUUUUGUGCAUGUGGUGCACCCAGCCAUCCCUGUACGGAGUCUGCACGCAGUGACGCGGAGCACCCUGCAGUCCAUGGCGGCCCAGGAUGUCUUCGUGCGAUUGCAGUCUGCCGAUGCCUACGGCAACCUCCAGACCCAUCGGGACCCUGCCUCGUCCGUGCAACUUCGUGAAGACGAGCUCGGCUUGGUGAAGCGCGUCGUGGCAUUGCACAGCGGCGCCUGGGACGUGGUGCUCAUCCCCGAAGGCCCAGUUGGCAAGCACCGGCUUACCUUCGAGCUUUUCUCCGAGGCCAGCAGCCAUGGGUCCCUCCGGCCGGUGGCCAACCGCAGCAUCGAGCUGGACCUCGCGGCCAACCUGCCUGAUGCCGACCUGACCACUCUCUUGUGCAUUCCUCCUCCACCAUGGCCGGUGGGCGUGGAAGUCACCUGUUCGAUUAUUCCCCGCGACAGUGAAGGCAAUGAGGUCCCAGGGCUCGAAGUUCGCCUCUUUGCCCAGCCACCGCCACCCCUUGCCGAGGAGCUCACUACGACGCUGCACGUCGUCGACCCCAAGGACGUGGCGCGGCAGUUCCGGCUGUAUCCAACAGUAGCAGGCCUCUGGCACCUCCGUGGCGAGGCAUUCUUGGUGGAAGAUGUGACCAUCAACUUCCGCACCUGGCCUUUCGAGGUUCUCUGUGGUCCGACCUCGGCCCAGCGGAGCUACUCAGUGCAGCCCUCCCGGGUGAUCACGGGCAUCCCCUUCAACGUGCCCAUCUACGCCUUCGACGAGUUUGACAACCCAUCCGAGACAGGCACGGACAUCUUCCGGCUCAAGAUGACGGGUGGCUAUGAGGAGCGCCUGGCCUAUGAACCCUCGGUCCUGUAUUUGGAGAACAACACCUACAUGGCCGCAGAUCUCAACGCUCACAGCCGUGAUCUUUUCAAGAUCCACAUUGACCACCUCGCGCAGAACCACAACAACAGCCUGUCUCAGUGCCCAGAGCUUUCGCCGGUGCCAGGCGGCCAAAUCAUGGAGCUGAGUGAGCAACGUGCAAUCGGCAGCACUGCUUUGCUGCGGUGCCUCUCGGGCUUCUCCGCUGCAGGCGGGGACACCGGCUUGCAGUGCCUGUGGCCCAACGCCUCCGCUUCAAGACAGGCCGUGGGAUAUGCCGAGUGGUUCAACCUGUCCUCCCUGCCAGCGAGCGGGCUGAUGUGUCGAGAGCAGCUGCUUUGGUGCCCCAUGCCGCCUCGGGUGCCCUUCGGACGGCGCGUGGCCCGUGACUGGCGUCGCCAGGUAGGCAGCACUGCAUCAUCCGAGUGCCUGCAGGGUCACGUGCUCCUCUUCGGUGACCUGGACAUCGUGUGCGGCUCGCGCGAAGGAAAGGGCACCUGGCUCCAUGCAGACGGCACGACGGCCGUCGCGGCCACUUGCAUGCCGAUCCAGCAGCUUUGCCCGGCGCUUUCUCCCCCGAGCUCGGAUGUCGUCAAUGCAAGUGCCGGCCGCGACGCGGGCAGCGUUGUGCAGCUGCGGUGCAAGGUCGGACUCAUCCCCGUUGCCGGCGAUGCAGUUCUGGUGUGCGGUGCCGACGGCGUUUGGCGGAGGCCGCUGCAGACACUUCCACAACCACCGGGCGAGGCGCUGGCUUGUGCGCCGGAUCCCUCCCUCUGCCCCGAUCCUUCCCCACUGCUGGGAGUGGGCGCUGUGGCGCAGGUCAGCGAGUUCCACCUGAAUGCCACCGUGACAGUGAGCUGCACCAUCGGCUACGAGGAGUCUGGCGAUGGUGAGCCCAUGGGGAAGUGUGCGCUUCAUCCGGAUGAUGACUCUAAGGGCCGCUGGGCGAGCCCAACGGAGAUCACAAGGGGCCAGGUGCCAUGGCGGCCCUUGCGCUGCCGCCUGCGGCAGAGCUAUUGCGGCAACAUCCAGGUGGACCAUGGCCAGCUCCUCUCGCUCUCUGUGGAGCGCUAUUUGGGCUCAGCUGCGCGACUGGGGUGUGCCGAGGGCUAUGAGGCCGUAGGCGGUGAUGCCGGCUUCGUCUGCACGGCUUCAACGGCGGCAGCUGGCGCCUGGCUCUCCGAGAGUGGCGGCGACUUGAGUCAGAAGCUCCGCUGUGGGAAGGUGACCGAUUACUGUCCCGAGCCGGUGCCUCCAGGUGGGACUCGCUUCGUUCUCUCGGCAGGGAAGGAGAUGGACAGCGUGCUGACGUUCGAGUGCCACUUGGCCUACGAGCCGAACGUGGCCCUUGAGUACCCCGCAGAGCUCUUCUGUCGUCCAGGCCCCGUACCGGGAAGCGGCCGCUGGUCUUCGAGCGACGGUAAAGGCUUGGAGCCAGCACAGUACCUGAAGUGCCGCAAGCAGUACAACUGGUGCCCUCGACUUGGACUGGUGGAUGGCCAAGUCAGCAAUGUCCUUGACAAUCGCCAGCUGGGCGGAACGGCGCAGUUGCGAUGCGAUGCUGGGCUCGAGAUGACAUUCGGCUCUGCAUCUCUUGGGCACAUCACUUUGGAGGUGACCUGCACGAGUGGCACCACAGCCGGAGGUGUGUGGAUGUCACCGGAUGGACAGGACAUCGCAGGACAGCUUCAGUGCACUCCGUUGGACUACUGGUGCCCUCCCUUGACUGGCUACACGAUCGUGACAGCCACAUAUCGGGAGCUUGAGACAUUCGAGCGCGUCAUCACAUACAGCUCGGCGACGCGCGCCUACCGCAGCACUGCCAUGAUACGCUGCGCAGCGGACAAGCGCAUGCUAGACAGCUACGGGGACUCUGAGGUGGUCUGCGGUUUGGAUGCAGAUGGCGUGGGUGGGGCGUGGCGAAGCAGGCGAGGAAUGCUGGCCAUCAGCAAGCACUGUUUCUACACGGGCUCCCCGAUCACCGACACGGCCUUCAUUGAGAAUGGCUGCUUCUUCGGCGACUUCGCGCAGACCUUCGACAACUUUUCUAUUCCAGUUUUCUUCUUCCGCACGGGUGCCGUGAUUUUCUGGCAUCGGCCAUCAGAGUGGCUUGUGGGCUCGACUGUCUUGGAAGGCCAGAACAGCCAGUGGCAAAUCAAGUGGGUUGCAGAGGGCGUGUUGAAUGCCAAAGUCGACCAUGGCGUUGGGGAACUGCAGAUGGACGUGACGCAGAAUUUCACGAAGGGGCCCGGAGACUGGUUCCACAUCGCGUUCGUGUGGGACUUAGGUGUGGGAUUGGCAGGACAGGGCCGCACCUACCUCUGGGUGGACGGAAUUGAAGCUCUGCCGGCGGAGACAAACUCCGAGAGGCUGACGCAUUUCAACUGGGUGGAGCCGGAAGACCUCUUGGACCUCGGCGGUAUCCGGAGCCCCCAGAGUCCCGGUGAGUACAGCAACAUCCGGGUCUACACUCGUGCUCUGUCAGCCGAGCAAGUCUACGAGAUCUUCAGUCAGGAGGACCCCACCUGCGGCAUGACCGACGAUGUUUGCCCACGCCCUUGGUCUUUCAGGUCGUACGUGCGGGAGGUCACAAAUCCAAACGACUUCCGCUACAAGCUCUUCCCGCGACGCCCCGCAGCAGAGGUCUUCUACAUGUGUGACCCAGGAUACAGCGCGUUCGAUGGGGACGACCACAUCAUUUGCACCAGCUCAGGGACCUGGCUGAAGUACGGCACUAACCAGCCAGCGCAGCCUUUCCGCUGCUGCCGACACUCGGAGGACUACUGCCCAACUAUCGACCUCACCAACAGCGCAGGGGCUGUUCUGACCGCAACAGGCUUCGAGCUCUUGGCGGAGUGUGAGGACAUGCCCAUUGAUGCUGGCAAUGGAGGCGAAGUGGUGGUGGUCUAUGAGGGUUGUCCAGAGCUGAUGAUGGCUGAGCAUGUUGUGGUGGAGCUGAGCGACGACUUGAACAUCUCCAGCGUCGCAUCGCUCAGCUGCGAGUGGGGCUUCGAGGCUACAGAACCAUUGACCAUGGACACCACACUGCGCUGCCAGCGAGGUCCUUCCCCUGACCCUUUCGUCUCGAUGGUUGUGCCUGGCCGUUGGAGGACGCUGGAUGGCCGGGAACCCAGGCAGCUCCGCUGCCAGGGGGCCCAGAAUUUCUGCCCGGACCCACGGCGGCCCAACACCACAGUGGUCAUGCUCUCGCAAGCACUGCGAACAGGCUCACUGGUGCAACUUCGCUGCCUCGAAGGCUUCAUGGGCAUGGAGCUGGAAGCCACUUGCCAGAGGUCUCCUGAUGGUGACGGUGUUUGGAUGGUGGAGGAGAACGGCACGCAUCCUCUCAGGGACCUUUACCCUUGCAGCUCUGAGCAAAAUCACUCAGAAGAUGAGGAGAGCCAUCGGGUUCCAGAGCCAGCCGUCCCAGGUGCUGUAUGGUACUGGGACGACUGUGCCCAGGGAGAAGGCUCUGCCAUGCUCUCCGCGCCGUCUCAGCCCUUGCAGGCGAAAGGUGGCACCGUGUCACUUUGGUGGCAGUUGCCCUUUGACCUUGAGGAGCGCUACGUGCUCUGGGCAUCCAUGGAGACCCGCUGCCUUCAGAUCUUAAACGACACGAAUCAGACGGCGCUGCCUGACCCACCACGCCUCGAUGAUGGCACCACCGCCACAACCAGCGGCUCCGGUCAGCCUCUUGUGGACCAGAACGACACCAAUGCGUCGAACAUGUCGAUUCUUCAGGACUACGAGGAAGGCCUUGAGGACGAGGACAACACCACGAACGAAACGAACGAGAGUAACAUAUCAAACGAGUCCUAUGAGCCCUUCAAUAUAUCCGAGCUGAAUGCCACCUGGGAUGGUAGGAACAACACGGGUCUCGACAGCGACGCGCUGGAGAUGGAGAGCGACAAUGCCUCAGAUGUGGAGGACGAAGCAGAGAACUCCAGCAAUGACACAGAGGAUUUCGACCUGGGCAUGCACGAAGCAGGGGGCAUGGACAUGAACAGCACAGCGAAUGGCACCGUCAAUGCAACCGAGAAUGAAACCGACAAUGAAACCGAAGAUGAAGCUGAAAAUGAAACCGCGAACGAUUCUCUGGAUGGUGCUCUGAGCAAUGCCAGCGGGGAGAUGGCAGGCAGCACAAGCGUCUCAAUGAAUGACACUGAAAACAUCUCGAACAUCACGAACUCCGCAGAGCAAGCGGUGUCGGACUCGCAUGCGAACGAAUCCGAUGACAAUUAUUCCGAUGACUCCGAGAACGAUACAAGCUACUUCCCGAAUGAAAGCAAUGACACCGAAACCCUUGAGCAAACACCGGACGAGGACCAUGAGGACCCAAACUCAAGCAAUGUAACCAUUGUGGAAGGUCGCGAAGGACUGCACUGCAUCCUCAGCCCGUACAUGGUCGUGACUGAGGGCGUAUUGCAGGUCCAGCUCUCGGAGGGCCUGGGCGACUUCUCCGUGGACUUGGUCGGACUUGGGCUGCGCAAUGGAGAGUGGCUGCACUUGUUGUACGCUUGGGAUGACGGGGGCGCAGCGACUCGCCUCUGGCUGAAUGGCACGGAUGUCCAGGUCACGACCACGACCACCAUGGCGACGACGACCUCGAUGGCUGCUGCAACAGAGGACGACAACCUGACGAAUGCAACAAACAUGUCAAGCUCGAACCUCGAUUUCGAGCUGGAUGAGAAUGAGACCUAUACUUCAGAGGCGGAAGGCAACGACAGCCAUGACAACGAAUCCCUCGACUCAGAAAACGUCACGGAGGCCCCGUCUCAGUUCAGCGAAAGCAGCACCAUGAGCAACGAGAGCAAUCGCUCGGCCAUGGCGGAGGAUGAUGAGGAUCCCGGAGCCGACAUGGUGGCAUGGGAGGCAGUCCUCGAAGCCGCCCGGCACGAGGGCUUCAUCACGCUCCCGAUGAUGUCCAACAUGACGGACACCCUUGUGAAUGACCUGGAGUUCACGCUUGUGAUGGGCUGGCCCCUCGACUCCGAGAAGUUCACGGAGGACGUUGCGAAUCGAGGUUGGCGCACGCUGUACCGGCUCUAUGACAAGCUGUUGGACGAUGCAGAUGCGAGAGAGCUUGCCAAGGAGCGCCCCUUUUGCCCCGUGGUGCUGUGCUCGGAGCUGGAGGAAAGCUUGCUGCAGAACUCGUACGUCAGGCACUCCCCGCGGCGAGCCUUGCCGGGGGAGCUGCUCCACCUCGACUGCUUUCCCGGCUAUGAGAUGACGGCUGGGCAGAGGGCGCUGCGCUGCGGGGCCUCGGGCGCGUGGAUGGGAAUGUCCCUGGAAUGCUGCUCCUUCGACCCCGAGUUCUGUCCGGAGGUGCCCAGAAAGUGGAGGAGCUCCAUCGACGGCUUGCCUGAAGAUUUUGAGGCCUUGAUGGUGGAAGCCCAAGCCCCCUCGGAGCCGUGCGAGGGCGUCUCUCGCAACGGCACGGCGCGGUCCCUGGGUGCGGAGCUGCUCCUGCGCUGCCCCGCUGGGUACGUGCUGGUGGCUGGUAGCCGCCAUGCGGUGUGCUCGAGGAAGGGCUCCAUGGACGGGAGCCCUUCGUCAUUCCGAGGGGUAUGGAAGGACUCCAUCGGCGGGGAGCUGCAGCUGCCAGUCUGCGAUUUGGAUGACAACUGGUGUCCCAUGCUCUAUCCAGGCGACCAGAGUUACAUCCUCAACGCCACUGCAGGCCGUCGCCUGGGCUCCUUGGCCUUCUUCCGCUGCGUCGAUGACGUGCAGCUGGAGCCGGGCUCCGGCAGCGUGACUGUCCGGUGCGGGAUCUCUCCCGACAGGCGGUUUGGGCUGUGGGUCGACGCCUUCGGCUCCCCGGCGAUGCCCCUCUCAUGCCGGCAGCGCAUCUUCUCCACCACAUCGACCACCACCAGCUUCCUCCCGACCAGCAGUGGCGUUCUCUCGGGCCUGCCCGGCGACCAGGGCUUGGAUGCGCUGCGGUACCACGCGGCCAAUGCCACGCUCGGCUGCGGAUAUCCCUUCGUCAACGUGGGAGGGGACCUGCGCGUCUUCUGCGUGCUCGGGCCCUCCGCAAGCAGCUCGGAUGGCACGGAGGGUCGCUGGGUGGACCAGGAUGGGAGCAACAUCGAGCUGCCGAUUUGUGUGCUGCGGAGGGAUUGGUGUCCGCAGAUUGACUUGGUGGGCAAGAACAGCGAAGCUUCACUGAGCAGCGCCUAUGAGUUCGGAAGCACGGCGACCCUGCGAUGCCACAUCGGCUACCAGCGCGUCGAGGGCAACAUCACACUGAAUUGCAUCAACCACGAGUCCCUGCUCUAUGGGAUCUGGGAUGCGGAGCCACUGCAAUGCGAGCUGUCACCAUACUUCUGCCCGGCGCCGGAAGCAACCUUCGCCGGGCUGGUGCAACUCGACUCGCUCUUCAAGCGUGGUGACAUUGUCAACAUCGCAUGCCACACAGGCUACAGCUACCUACAGGGUGAUCUGGAGGUGUAUUGUGAUGUGAGCGACUACAGUGAUGGAGGACAAUGGAAGACCAGCGAUGGCACAGUGGCCAAGCCUGUGAUCUGUGUUCCUCAGCAAGAUUUUUGCACCUUGCCUGUCGUCUACAACGGCUACGUGCACUCGGUGUCGGAGGAGGGCAAGAUGGGGAGCAUCGUGGAGCUCCAGUGCCAGGAUGGCUUUCAGGACCUGCGCCUUGGUGCGGAGCAGCGCACGGCGCGCUGUGCUGAGGGCGGCGCCUUUCGCGUGGGCAUCUCCCGGGUGAGCCGAGAUCUUCUCCGUGCCACCUCACUGGCCCAGGACGUGCUGGACGAACUGGAGUCGUAUUGGGCUCUGGAGACACGUGAGUCGGACGAGAACUGGCGGGCGCUCAUGCAGUUCGAGUACCGCUGGCGCUCGGAGCUCUCUCUGGGCUUGCAAGGUUUGCUUUAUGACAGUGCCGUCCGAGAGGUGCUGUCCCAGUUCCCGGGUUACGACGGGGUGACGGACCGUUGGAUGGCCAUGUUCACCGUGGACGACGUCCGUGAACUCGCGAGGUUGCUCGAGGAGAAGCAGGCGGAGAUGCUGGACCUUGCCGAUCAGAAUGCGGUGUCGAAUAGUUUGCAAGAUGAGCCCAUCCUCUUGUGCAACCGGACGCCUGAUUGGUGCCCACUUCCCGAGCUCCCGCAGCACAGCCAGUUCUCACCGGGCACCGCUUUGUCCGCACGGGCCCUCGGUGACCAGGUCUUUGUGGAGUGCCACCCCCACUAUGUGUACGACCUGGGCUUGCAAUCGCUGCAAUGCGGCAACGCUGGCAAUGGUUCGCCGCAGUGGAGGGCGGUGGAUGGUCGGCAGGCAGAGCCCAACAUCACCUGCCUGCUGAAUCGAGACUGGUGCCCGGCACUCCCUGUGCUGCACAACUCCUUGGUACGAUCCAUGGUGCCUCAGAAUCGGGCCGUCUACAGCGAGGUGCGGCUCGGAUGUCGGCGCGGCUACCAGCCUACGGCAGGCCACAGCUAUGGACGCUGUGUGGACUCUGGGCAGUGGUGCUCCGGCGACGAGCCUUCAGCCUGUGCAGAGCCGGCCGACUGGCUCAGCUGCGAGCUGAUCCCGGCGUACUGCCCCGAGUGGCCGGGCAAGGUGGAGACGGGACCCUACGGCCGUGGUGGCGGCGCAGCCCAGGAUCCUCUCGCCCACGUCUUCCUGCGUGAGGUGCGUCAGCUGCCGCUGCCCAGCGCUGCCUUGGGAGAGGUCGUGACGCUCUCCUGCCCCGAGUACUUCUCCAGAGCCAUGGGGGACGUUCGCUUCAAGUGCGGCCACGGAUUGAACGGAGUUGGCGAGUGGCAGCGGGAGGCCAUCUCUGCGACAGACUACAUGGACAACAGCACGCCCGAUGCUCGCAUCCAGCUGGUGGACGAAGCCAGGGCAGAACCACUGGUUUGCGAGCUGCAGACCCAAUACGGUGUGCGUCGCAAGUACUACAAGCGCUUGCCAGGGCUGUUCCGCAACCACAGCGGCUCUGACGAGGACGUUGUUCCACACAUCAACCAGGUCCAGUCACAAUACGAUGCUGCGCACUUCGAAGCGCACCUCCACCCGGAGAUCUCCACAAACUACACGCUUUGCGUGGAAGUGGUGGGUUCCUUCACGUUGACCUUUGACAACAAGCUCCUGCUUACCGGUCGAUCGCAAGGAUUUCUGCCCGAGCUCUUCGUGGCCGAGGUGACGGCGCUGGACAGCAGCCGGUUUUACCCAUUCAGCUUGGAGUACUGGGCGGAUCCUCUGCUUCCCGACCGAGUGGAGACUCAGAUGACGUUCCAGAGGCACCUCCGUUUCCUCUGGAACUCCUCGAAUGAGUUGCCUCUGCCUGUUCCGUACACGGAGCUGUACCACAGCUUCGACCGACUCUAUGGCUACCCAGUCUCUCACCUUGGCGUCAACGAUCCCGACCCAUGCCCCUCCGGUACGAUCCAGUAUGUCAAUGGCUUGAACGAGUACGAGAGUGGGUGGGUGGCCGAUGGAUCCCUGGGAUACAACUACAACCCGGGCUUGCAAUGCCAGUGGGAGCUGGAGGCGGUCGGGAACGUGCGCUUCACGGUCUUCGUGAACUUCCUCGACCUCGUCGACACUCAGGACUGCGCAGGGGACCGCCUGGAGUUUCAUGUGGGCACUGGGGAUGCCCUGCGACUGCUUGGCAUGGUCUGUGGCAGCUACCCCGAAAACACCGCUCUGGUGCAAACCUCGAGCCGGCGUUUGGUGCUGCGCUUCGUCACGGACGGCUUCGGCGAGCGGGAGGGCUUCAACGUCACCUACAACCUCACGGCCACCAAUGAGAUCCUGGUGGAAAACACCGUCAUCCCGACCUGGUUUGUGGUUCCUUUGGUGGAGAUGUCAGCCUUUAUUUGGUGUUCAUCCUUCAAGGACGAGGACACGGCCAUCCUUGCCAAGGCACUUCCCAAGCACCUCAAGGAGCUGAGGUUAGACUUCACCUGCUGUGGCGGCAUCACCGAUGUCGGCCUGGAGAAGUUGGCUGAGCAGCUGGACUUCGGCGAGACGGCCGUGUACAUCAGUUUGGCCGAGACUGGUGUCAGCAAGGGCGUCCAGGAGUGGUACGAGCAAGAGGCCGCCAAGAACGAGGCAAAUGGUCAGAGCGGACAGCUGAAGAAUGUGUCGAGAGCGCUUCACAUGUCGUUGUGCCUGAGCCCUGAUACGGCUGAGCCGACGCGUCGGACGACAGUUCCCGCGGCCUCUUUGCUGGGUAAGGUCAUCACAGACGAUGCAGACAAUCGUGCGGUGGCUGCUUGGACGGACUUUUUGCAUGCUGGUUCCUGGAGUUACGCCUAA